AUGUUUGCAAAGUUACUUUUUGCGCGGGUUUUCCUUGCAAGCCUAUUGCAUCUUGCUGUCGCAGUUAGCAAUGGCACGAUUUUGAGCUCAUCAGCUGGACCGCCAAGCUGCGCCUCCCGUUGCAUGGUAGACAGCAUGUUUGUGACGCAGUGCCUGGAUACAAGGUGUCUCUGCAACGAGAAAGACUACCAGAAGUCCCUAUUCCAGUGCCUCUAUUCCCAAUGCGACUCGAACAAUUACGGCCCGGCUCUUAGCCAUUCCAUCUCACUUUGUAUGAGCUUUGGCGCUGAGAUUUAUAUGGCUGCUCCGGGUAGGGUUGAUGACGAACUCCUGCGGUCCCGCGAAGAGGAUUAUCUUGCCGGAAGAGAAGUCAAAGACCUUCCACAUCUCCAACUAAGGCAGGAAAGCGUUGCCGGCAUAGGAACGACCAUAACUGUUACUACCACCGUUACAGACUUCAUUACCGUGUCUUAUUCCGCUAUCACUUUCACCUCGCACCAACUAACUCCUAGUCCAUUCCUAGAGACGUCGCAAGCAGCGGAAGUAACAACUACCUCAUCCAGCCGACCUUGGGUGAUACCCGUAUCCGAAGCAACUGAGGCUCGGUCGAGACCGUCAUUUUUCGGGCUGGUCUUGUGGAUUGCCUCUGCUAUCAUGCUCGAUUACUGGAUGGUCAUGAGCAGCCACUAG